AUGGCCCAAGCUGGAUCCACGACUGCUUCGCAGCGUCGGUACAACGCCGAUUUCCUAUCCGUACCAUUCACGCCGCUCUCGCUCGACAUGUUCUUCGCCCUGCUGGAAUCAGCGUUUGACAUCGAAGGCAUCACCGAUGAGGCCGUGAAAUAUCACAUUCUCGCCAGAGAUGUUAUGCUACACGAAAUCGGAGACGCGGCGCGCGACCUCAUCACCAGUAAGCCGACUGAAAUGCCAUAUACGUCAUUGAAGAAUGUUCUGCUGCAGACUCUCAAGCCAAAAAGCUUCACAGCAAGCGUCGAGAAAAUGCAAGCCUUGCAGAUGGGGACUUUGCGUCCUUCUGAAUUUUUGAACCGCCUGAGAAAUUGUGCGAACGAUGAAUUGCGCACCAAUCCAAUCUUCAUCGAAGAGCUCACGAAAUGCUGGCGCAAUGCUCUGCCCGCUGGAUGGCACCCUGCCCUGAUUCUCGCUUCGGAUUUGACGAAAGCAGCAGAGGCAGCUGACGCCCUGUACGAUGCUUAUGGUGCUGCAAUGCCUUCUCAAGCAGCAAGUGCACCUGCAACUGUAUCUGUCGCUGCAGUGCAAAAGCCCAAAUCUCUCGAAGCUCGAGUAGCCUUAAUCGAGGAAAAUAUUGCCAAGCUUCUCAACCUCAUGGAAAAGGACGAGCGUGGACGCCAACCCGACCGCGGUCGAAGCAGGUCUCUGAACGCACGACUCGUGCAGACCGACCUUUGUUUCUACCACGACAGGUUUGCUAAGAAAGCGCGCCGCUGCGUCAACGGCUGCCGCCACUUCCAGCAAUUCAUGAAGAGCCGCGCUGAAAAUGACAAGUUGGAAAACGAAAAGGGCGCCCAGCAGUAG